GUACAAAAAAAAAGAAUCCUUUUCGUUUUCUAUGAGUAUUGAGGGUGAGCGACAUGGGACCACAACCGCCUCAGUCCCACGUAAACAGAUAUGUCAGCCAAGAGGAAAACUUAGAAUUUUCUCACUUCAUGGAGAGCAAUGGUGAUAUCAGCGCUCCCCCUGGGGAUCAAGGGGAGGGAAAGGCAUCUGGCCGAACUGCUGGAGGUGGAGGGGGAAGUCUUGAGAAGCUGUCACGCGAAGAGCUCAUUACUAAAUGUCGAAGCCUGUUAAUUCUAGCUCAGAAGGCUAAGACUGCAAAAGAUGGAACACCGUUAACAUACUCCCAGAUACCUGCACCUGCGCCGUUAGAAAUUGCUUUGGAAUUAAAACAAGUAAAGAUUGCUGCAAAAAAUGCUGAGUCAGCAGCGAUACCCCAGAAAGUGGAGGAAGAAUCCAGUGCUUUGCGGGAGAUGGUGGCUAAUCUGACUGAAGGGAAAGUGGCUCUUACUACUAAGAUCGAGAGUCUUCAGAGACAGUUGAAAGUUGCGUCUAGUGAGGUGGACUGUCUUCAGGAACUGGAACAAAAAUUACUGCUUGAAAGAAACACUCUUGAGGCUGAAAAUAUUCAGUUGAAAAGGGAAAACAAAAAGAAUCUUGAUAAGUUACAAGAAUUUCAAGAUUCCUCUGCUAUGAAAUCAGAACUCCUAGAAAAAGCUUGGGAAACAGAGAAGAUGGCAUUUCAGGAAAAAGUGGAAAAUCUACAAGCACAGAUUGGACAAGUGGAUAUCCUGAAGAUGAAAUGUAAGAAAUUUCUUCAGGAAAAGUCAGCAAUUGAAAAGGAACUUGAGAAGCAACAGAAACUUGCUGCAAAAGGCCUCAAGAUACAGGGAGAGCUGAAUUGCUUGAAAGAAGAAAAAAAGGCAUCAGACAUUAUUUUAGAAAGUUCUAGGAAUGACAAGAAGGCACUUGAGGACAAAGUUAAAAGUUUUGAGAGUCAGGUUCAGAGCUUAAAGAAACUGCAGGAAGAAAAAGAUGCAAUUCUUAAGUCAAAUCAAGAUAGUAUCAAAGAACUGGAAACAAAACUGAAAGAAAAUGAAAGUUCAGUUUUGGAUUCGGAGAAUUAUGUCAAAGAAUUACAGGAACAAAACAUGAAAGUUCAACUGGUGGAAAAAGUCCUUGAAAAUACUAACACAAAAUUACGAACAGAAUGUGAGGCAGCAAUCUCGAGGGUAAACACACUGCAGGAGGAAUUAAAGGUAGAGUUAGACAAGAGCCGACAUUUGGAACAGCUUGUAGAAGAAUUUGAAACACAGAAAACUCAACACAUAGCAGAAAUUGAAUGCUCAAAAGAAAAAAUUUUGGAAAUUGAAAAAAAUUAUCAGCAAAAAAAUAUAGAAUUACAAAAAAUAAUAGAAGAAAGAAAUGACACUGAAAGGUCUAUGCAAGAAGAAAUCGGGCACUUGAAAUCAAAACUAGAAGAAUUAGUACAAGAAAAAAUUCACGAUGAAGUCAGAGUGAAGCAGUUCUGUGUUGAUAUAGAGAAUUUAAAGAUGGAACUCAGUGCCAUGACAGAAAGCUCUAAUAUUGCUGAAAAAGAGAAAACUGAUUUAAUUGAAAAAUUGAAAGCUCAAGAAGAAGAGAACAGGAAAUUAAUUGAACAUUUGAAACAGAAAGAUAAUGAACAUGUUGACUUUACUGAAAACAAAACAGAAUUUGAUUAUUUGGCUGCUCAGGUAAAUAAACUAAAGUUUGAAGUUGAACAACUCACUGAAGAAAAAAUUAAAUAUUUGAAAAACUCUGCUGAUGUAGAAAAUGAAAUAUCUUGUCUUAGGAAAAACUUGGAGGAUGCACAGAAGGAGAAAUCCUCUUUUGACACUGAACUUUGUAAAAUUGCUAGUGAAGUAGAACAGGGUAAAAAAUCUGUUGAGGAAGAACGGAACAGAGCUGACCACUUAACAAUGGAUAUUAAAGAACUAAAAUCACAGAAUUCAGAGUUGAUUGCCAGAGUUGAACAACUUCAGAAGGAGGCUGAAAAUGCGAAGCUUUUUUUGGGUGAAUUACAAAAUACUGGAAUGUCCCUUACAUCACUUUGCAAAAAUGUGUACCCUUCCUUAAGCAAGACUCUGCUUCCAGUGGAUCAGGAAGAUGUUUUGGUAAAUAUGCAAAGUAUUAAGGAAGUACUUGCAGCAGCACUAACCAAGAGGGAAAAUUUUACACCUGAGGGAGAUAUACUGAAUAUAGUUGAAGCUCUUGAACAAGUUCAAGAACAGAGUAAAAGGUUGAUAAUGUCAAGAGACUCUACAGUUUGUGACUCACUUUCCUCGAGCUUUGACAGUAUUAACAAAAGCUUGAUGACGUUCUACAUUCAUGCAGUUGGGUUGCUUGAUAUUGAGAAGAGUACAUCUGUGGAAGAAAUGUGGAAGAUUAUAUCAUCACUAUUUGCCAAGCUGUGUGAAAUUGUAAAAGAAGAAAUGCUAAAAUUAAAUAAUGCAACAAACACAGUUGAAGAAUUAAGAAAAGAGGUGAACCAUUUUGAAAAUGUAGCUACUGAAGCAGUAAAAGAAAGGGAAAUGCUUUCUCAAAAACUGAUGGAUUCCUUGAAUCAAAAUGCCAUUAUUAUUACAGAAAAAAAUGAGCAAUUGGAAAAUCACAAUAAUAUAAUUGCUGAAUAUGAGAAAUCUCAAAAACAAUUAAAGGAAUUCUUCGAGGCAGAAAAGAUUACAUUAAAUGAGAAAAUAUCAAAUUUAGAAGAAAUGGUUCUGUCUAGAGACACAGUAAGAGCUGAAUUAGAGGGUCUAUUAGCAUCUGGGAAUAAUCAAAAUGAAGAAAUUAUUAAUGACUUAAGACAGCAGUUAAUUUUUGUCAAAGAAGAAUGUAAAGCGAUGUCGAAAGAACAUGACGAAUCUGCUGUUCAAAUUAAGAACUUGCAAGAAUUACUUGAAAAGCAAGAUAAAGAUCUUCUGAGCUUGUCUACAGAGAAGGAGGUUUUACUAUCUGAGAAGAUUGUUAUUAAACAAGAGAAUGAUUUCUUAAAGAGUACUGUGGAAGAUGUUGAAGGAAAGAAUGCUGCUAAUGAGAUAAAGUGGUUGGAUGAAAAACAGGACUUGGAAAAGAAACUUGCAAUGAUUUCCCAGGAGAAGAUUAUGCUUGAAAAGGAAUACUCUUCCCUGAAUGAAAGUAUUAUAUUAGGUGAAGAAAAUGCAUCUCGAGAAAAAACAGCGUUAGAAGAAAAACUGAAUUCUAUCAUUAAAGAUCUGGAAAUGCAGCUGCAAGAAGCUGGAGAUAUUAGGGCUGAAAAUGUUCUUCUUAAUAAGAACAUUCAAGAGCUUCAGUUGAAAAAAGAGGAUCUUAUUGAAGAAGUUAACAACUUCCAGAACUACUUGAAGGUUGCAGAGGACAAAAUACAGUCAUUAAUUAGUGAAAAAGAAGACUUAGAGAAGAAGCUUAAAGAUGCAGACAAUCACAAGCUCCAGCUCACCUCUUCCAUUGAAGCAUCAGCCGGUAGGUGUGAGGAGCUUCUGGCCGAACUGAAUGAUAUGAAUAAGGUUUUGCGCGAGAGGGGAGAGAGAAUAUCACGACUGGAGGAUAGUAACAAGGAAAAGUCGCAAGAACUAGAGAGAACUACUCUUCAGUUAAAGGAACUACAGACAAAAAUGUCCAAUAGGGAAGCUGAAUUAGCUUCUAAACAAGAACAGCUACAGACUAUCACUGAGAAGCUGCAGACAUUUAGUAGUGAUCCUACAGUCACUUCGCCGGUAACAAAUAACCAACAGUUUCGUGAAUUAGAAGAGAAAGUCAAGGACCUGGAGCAAGAGAAGACUAACUUAAAGAAGAUUAUUCAGUCACUGGAGAAUGAGCUGUCGAGUAGUCGUGAGAAUGCUGGUAAUGGCCACGAUGCUCAGAGUGAGGUUAUGAGCACCAGCACAAUCGGUCGAGCAGAAGACACACAACGAAUGAAAGAGCUGGAAGACACGUUUGAGGAGAGAUACAUGAAGCUGAAAAGUGUAGCUAUUAAGCUAAAGAAGCGUGUAGCAGAAUUAACUGCACAGCUGAAUUCAUCAGAAGAAACACGCAGUAAGCUGGCAACAGAGAAGGAAGAUCUUAAGAAGAAGGUGGAUGUUGGAGUUAAAGAUAGUAUAAAGGCUGCAUCCAAAAAUAUUCAGGUACUGCAAGGUGAAAUUGACAGGCUGCAAGAUGAAGUUGACAGUAAGACAAAAGAGCUGAAGGAACAGGGUAAACAGCUGAAUUCAGCAGCAGAGCAAUUGGCAUCUGCUAAGUCCGAUCUUGCCGUAGCACAGGAUGAAAAUGGGAUUCUACACAGAACUGUUAAAAACUUAGAGGAAACCAUCUCAAGCCAAGAAGAUGCAGCAGGAAGCCUGAGGGGACAAAUUACAUCCUUAGAAAAAAGAUUAGGAGCAGAAUUACAAAAACAGCAGGCACUGGAGGACCGAAGAAAAAAAGCAGAAGAGAGAAUGGAAGAAGAAAGACAGCGAGCAGCCCAAUUUGUCAAGGAAUUGGAGGAAGCUAAGCAGGAUUCUAAAACAAGAAGCCUGUUAGAUCUUGAAAUGCGAGAUUAUGAGCUUACAUUAGAAGAACUGAAUGGGCAGUUAAGAGAUAAAGAUUCCUGCUUAGCUGAUCUACAAGCAGCAGUUGAGAGAGAAAAGGGACGGUCUAGCAGUCUUCAAGACCAACUGACUCAUCUCACCACUCAGGAGACCACUGAAAGAGAACGAGCUGAUAAAAUGAAGAAACUUUUACUGGAGCACAAAACACAGUUGGCUGAACUACAUCUUGCCCAAGAAGCUCAGUCAGCUACAAAGGAGAUGGACCGAGUAACAAUUGAACAACUGACACAGGAGGUUGAGAAGCUUAAGUUGGCAAUAGCAGAACUCACCUGUGAAAAAGUGAAAUUAGAAGAGACUGGAAAGCGUAGCAAGUUGUCUGCUGAACGACAGAUUGAAGUCUUAGAGGACCAACUCAUGAAGCACAAAAUUGAAGUUCAACAACUGGUGGCUGAGCGGGAUACCAUCCAAAAUGAAUUUGAAGGGUAUAAAGUUCGAGCUACUAGUGUCUUACGGCAAAAGAAUCGUCCACCGGAAAUCAACGUUAGUGAAUUGCAGUCGGAAAAGGAUCAACUUCAGACUGAUUGUGAAGCAGCUCAGCUAAAAGUGCAGCAAUUACAGUCAGAAUUGUCUGCCCUCCGAGCAGAAUACACUUAUAUACAAUCUGAGAAAGAUGGAAAUGCAAGACAAGUAUCGUCACUUUCUGAGGAGCUAAACAGGAGGGAGAGUUCACACCAUGAAAAAAUUGCUAUCCUCGAAAGUAAGAUGGAAGGUAAAAUUACUGAAUACCAAAGGAUAAUUGCCAGCAUGUCUAAUCAAAAUGAAGCAAUGAGUAAUAACUUUAAGAAACAGUUGGAUACUUUGAAGCAAACUCACUCCCGAGAAGUGGAGCAACUAGCAACUAAACUUGAAGAAUCUGAGGACAAGUUAUGGCAGCUAAAGAAUACUAUUAGCAAUUCAGUUCCUGCAACGCCCUCCAAUGUUAGCACUACUCUGGCCACUACUUCUAGUGCUCCUAACCUGGUGCGCUCGGAGAGUGACCACAGCAUGCCAGGAAUGAGCCACAGCAAUGCUCAGCAGCAUCGUCGCCAGCUCAGCCAUGGCGACGAGCCCAGGAUUGAUGUCACGAACAUGGUCAGAGAGGAGGGAGAGGGCUCAGAGUGGGUGGAACCUGUUCAUCGUUCCCCGGGUAAACAAAGGGGUUAUAGCCCUCCGCCCCUAGAGCAACUUAUAAAUUCCCCUCUUACAUCCCAGGAUGACAAUGUCAGCAUUGCCAGCAUCAACACAGAUGCUACUGGGAAGGAGAUGGCUAGGCUUGAGGCAAAGUUGAAUGCUGGCGAAAUGCGAAUCCAGCAGCUGACAACACUCUUGCACGAGUCAGAAGCAGAGAAUGCUAAGUUGGCUCAGCUUUCAGAUGCUCUUAAAGAAGAAAUUCGAAGAUCCGUAAGAAAUGAGCUUCGUGAAAAACACAUGGAAAACAUGGAGUACAUGAAAAAUGUAAUAUUAAAGUUUCUAGUGCUGAAGAACGGUGAAGAAAGGAAGCAUUUGGUGCCAGUUUUGAAGACUGUUCUGCAACUCUCACCAACAGAAACUUCUCAGCUUGAACUCCUGGCUCUUGGUAACGAUGGAGACGGAGGCAGCCAAGCUGGUUGGGGCAAUUACCUUCACCUUUGGUCCAGCAGAUAAUAAUUUGACAUUGAACUAACAUUUGAUUAUUUACUUGAUUUGCAAGUUUCAGAAAUACAUUUGAGACAAAGUAAUUGCAUAUAAAAAGUAUUUAAAAAUAAUAAAAUAAUUUAUGUGAGAACUUUAGUUGAGUAUUUAACAAGCCAUCUUUUUUUCUUCCUACUCAAAAUUAGAAGUUAGAAAGUUUUACAGUAAUAUACAAUAGCCAUUGAAAACAUUAACAAAUUAUUUUGCAAUUUUAGAGAAACUAACUGAAGAUUGGCAUAUUACCAGGUUAAUAUUACAUUUGUUAUAGAAGUAUUAUUGCCUGACUUUGCUACAACAUACCACAUGAAGUUAUCUGUUAUACACGCCUUCUUAUAUACACCUCCAAGACAACCAACGUUAGCUUAGUCUCAAUCUUGGUACAGUCAUAUUUGUGUGUACCUUUUCAAAUAGCACUUGAUACCAGUUAAGGAAAGGAUAACGUCUUAAGCUUUUGGGGUUGGUGAGUACUAUACUUUCGGGGGUGUGAGUACAAUGUGCAGGAACUUGAUUGUUC